CCGAAACCGAGGACAAUAAACUAGCCCCUCGUGCAAUGUCCUUUGGGUGAAAAGGAGGUACCAGAUGAUGAUACGUGAACCUCAUGCCAUCGUCCAGAAUGUCGACUUCUCCUACUCGUGAGGGUUCUGCCAAUGCCGGCUCGUCGAAUGGUUUGGAGGAGAAACCAAGGCUCUCGGAGCAUGAGAAGAAAGCGAAUCAUAUUGCCUCUGAACAGAAACGCAGACAAGCAAUCCGCGAAGGCUUUGACCGGCUCACCGAAUUAGUACCCGGCUUAGAAGGUCAAGGACGAAGUGAAAGCGUGGUUCUGAAGAAAACAGUUGACUACAUGCGACUACAACUAGCAGAAAGAAGGAGAUUGGUUGGCAGGAUUGAGGAACUGGGAGGUCAAGUGGAGGAUGGAAUGAGGCGAUGAAUUGCUAUGUGGACGAAACAUACUGCUUGCUGAGAUGCGCGGAAGCUACAUUUACCGUGCAUUGUAUACAAUUCGAGGCUGAGGAAUAUUCGAGGGCGUUACGGUCAGCUGGGCAAAAUGGUUGAUACCACGAAUUGCGAAUUGGAAGCGUCAUCAAAUGCACGAAGUUAUUACAUUCUAAGAAGUUACAUGUGAGGUCUUGGUAUAUUCAUACAUAUAAUAUCAUUCCUUCAGAGGAGGUUGGCCUUCAUAUGGGCUAUCAUAGAAGUAGCUCUUC